AUGGGAUGUUCAAUAAAUAAGAAUAAAAUGACAAAUUCUACUACCUUUACUAAUAAAACAAAUGACAAUUUUGAGCAAUAUCUCAAAAGUGUAGGCUCCAUAGUAGAAUCUUAAGAGAUUAGAAAAGCCAAACUCUCAUAUUAAAUAUAAAAAAAUCCUAUAAUAUUAAGGAGACAGAACAAAUCCAAACAGAAACUUGAUGAAAUAGAUUAGGAGAAGUUAUUUGUAAAUUGA